AGGAGGGUUUUAAGGCGGCUACUUUAGCCACUGGCAGGUCCCCUUUCCUAUCUGUUUUCGAGAUUUCUCAUUCCCACAUUGAAUCUGUCACUGUUAUCAAUCUCUUCAUAUUUCUCUCUAGUUCUCAUCUCCUCGCAUCUCGCUUGAAAUUUGGUUCCUGUAACACUUAUUUCUUCUUUUUCUUUUCUGUUAAAUUUACAGUCUUGUUCCGUCUCUGAUCAAUCGAAAACAUGUGGAGAAGCUUUGCCAAGCGAGCUUCUUCCUCUAAGAAGCUCAAAUUUUCCUCAAAUGAUACAAAAUUCUAUCAAGAUUCAGUUUUUGUCGAGAACAUCAGGUGUCCAGAGGCCCAAACAUGCCUAACUUCUCCUUACUCGUUUAUGGGUUUUCGCAGAAUCGAUAUUUUACCAUCUCAAAGCGAUGGAUUGAGAAAACCCAAUUUCACUAAUUUAACAAAUCCUUUUGGUCUUUCUGCUUUCUCCAAAAGUUAUGCAACUGCAGUUGCACGGGCAAUUGUUUCAACAGAUGAAUCAGACUUUUCUGGGUCCGAUGAACUCCAAGAAUAUGUCGAGGAAAUCGACAAACACCACCAGAAAAUGGAGGCACAAUUAAGGCCCCAGCAAAAGAAAACAAUAGCAGGUAUGGGUAUAGGGAAGUACAAUAUACUUAAAAGGAGGCAAAUAAAAAUGGAGACAGAGGCCUGGGAGGAGGCAGCUAAAGAGUAUCAGGAAUUGUUAAUGGACAUGUGUGAGCAUAAGCUAGCACCCAAUUUGCCCUAUGUAAAGUCUUUGUUUCUGGGUUGGUUUGAGCCUUUGAGAGAUGCAAUUGCCGCAGAGCAGGAAUUGUGCAAGCAGAAGAGCGGUAAGUUAUCUCUUGGUCAUGGACAGUAUUUUGAAGCAUUGCCAGCGGAUAUGAUGGCGGUUAUUACUAUGCAUAAGAUGAUGGGAUUGUUAAUGACUAGUAACGGAGGGAAUGGGAGCAUUAGGGUGGUUCAAGCUGCCUGUGCAGUAGGUGAAGCAAUUGAGCAUGAGGCUAGGAUACACAGGUUAUUGGAGAGGACAAAGAAAAAGAAGAGCACAAAAGAGAAGGUACCUGACGGUGAAUCAGAUCCUGUGAUCACUGAAGAAGAGAAACUUGCUAAAGAACAGGAGAAACUGAGGAAAAAAGUCACUAAACUGAUGAAAAAGCAAAAGGUUCAGCAACUAAGGGGAUUAGUGAAGGACCAUGAUGAUUCACUGCCAUGGGGUCAAGAAGCACAUGUUAAGGUUGGCUGCCGCUUGAUUCAAUUGUUAAUUGAAACAGCCUAUAUACAACCUCCAAUUGAUCAAUUAGGAGAUGGUCUACCUGAUAUUCGCCCUGCAUUUAUGCAUACACUUAAAAAUGUCGUAAAAGACACACAGAAAACCAGCAGGAGAUACGGUGUUAUUGAGUGUGAUCCACUUGUUCGUAGAGGGCUUGAGAAAUCUGCUAGGCACAUGGUCAUUCCUUACAUGCCAAUGUUGGUGCCUCCUUUAAACUGGACAGGGUAUGACAAGGGCGCAUACUUAUUUUUGCCAUCUUAUUUUAUGCGAACCCAUGGAGCAAAACAACAACGUGAAGCAGUUAAAAGGACUCCAAGGAAACAAUUAGAGGCUGUUUUUGAGGCCCUGGAUACGCUAGGAAAUACCAAAUGGAGGGUAAAUAAGAAGGUUCUUGCAGUAGUUGACAGAAUAUGGGCUAAUGGAGGUGCUCUUGCUGGUUUAGUUGAGCGUGAAGAUGUUCCUCUGCCUGAGGAACCAGAUACAGAAGAUGAAACUCAAAUUCGAAAAUGGAAGUGGAAAGUGAGAAAUGUAAAAAAGGAAAAUAGUGAGAGACAUUCACAGCGGUGUGAUAUAGAACUUAAACUUGCUGUUGCUCGGAAGAUGAAGGAUGAGGAAGGCUUCUACUACCCUCAUAACCUUGAUUUUCGUGGUCGUGCUUACCCCAUGCAUCCGUAUUUGAAUCAUCUUGGCUCUGAUCUUUGUCGGGGCAUUCUGGAGUUUGCAGAGAGGCGACCUCUUGGGAAGUCUGGCUUACGCUGGCUGAAGAUACAUUUGGCAAAUGUAUAUGCUGGUGGGGUAGACAAGUUAUCCCAUGAGGGGAGGAUGGCAUUUACUGAGAAUCAUCUGGAUGAUAUUUUUGAUUCUGCGGACCGACCUCUUGAAGGAAGGCGCUGGUGGUUGGACGCAGAGGAUCCUUUUCAAUGCUUGGCAACAUGUAUUAAUCUCUCAGAAGCAUUGAGAAGCUCCUCUCCAGAGACCACUAUUUCACAUAUGCCAGUCCAUCAGGAUGGUUCCUGUAAUGGUUUGCAACAUUAUGCUGCCCUUGGAAGGGACAAGUUGGGUGCAGCUGCGGUUAAUCUUGUUGGGGGAGAGAAACCUGCAGAUGUGUACUCAGGAAUUGCUGCCAGAGUUCUUGAUAUAAUGAGGAGGGAUGCUGAAAAAGAUCCAGCAACUGAUCCAAAUGCAUUGCAUGCUAAGCUUUUAAUCAAUCAGGUGGAUAGGAAAUUGGUGAAGCAGACAGUGAUGACAUCUGUGUAUGGUGUCACUUAUAUUGGUGCCCGUGACCAAAUCAAAAGGAGGCUAAAAGAACGUGGUACCAUUGCAGAUGAUUCAGCUUUGUAUCCUGCUUCUUGCUAUGCUGCAAAAACCACCUUGAUGGCUUUGGAAGAGAUGUUUGAAGGUGCUAGAAGUAUCAUGGCCUGGCUUGGUGAAUGUGCAAAGGUAAUAGCUUCAGAGAAUCAACCUGUGAGAUGGACCACUCCUCUUGGACUUCCUGUUGUACAACCGUAUAGACAGUUGGGAAGGCAUCUUAUUAAAACGUCCCUGCAGAUGUUGGCAUUGCAAAGAGAAACAGACAAGGUGAUGGUUAAGCGGCAAAGAACCGCUUUCCCCCCAAACUUUGUUCACUCCCUUGAUGGCUCUCACAUGAUGAUGACUGCUGUUGCCUGCAAACGGGCAGGUUUAAAUUUUGCAGGGGUCCACGAUUCAUACUGGACGCAUGCAUGUGAUGUUGACGAAAUGAAUAGGAUACUUCGAGAAAAGUUUGUUGAACUCUACGAGGCACCAAUAUUAGAGAAUUUGUUGGAGGGCUUUCAAACGUCAUUCCCUAAGUUGAAAUUUCCUCCCUUACCAGAGCGAGGAGACUUUGAUCUCAGAGAUGUCCUGGAAUCUCCCUAUUUCUUCAACUAGUCUGAACAAUAUAGUAAAUCUUGACAGAUCUGAAAUUGCGCUUGAUACCUCUUUCAUUCAGUUGCGAGGUGGUGACAGUUUUUUCACUCAUUGCCGUGCACAUUUGUGAAAGUCACAGAUACCCAACUACUCAUUUGAGGAAGAAACGGCCAAGAUUAAAAGAUCUGAGGUAUGCGUGUCCAACAAGUACUUUGUACAUAUGUCAAAAGAAAAAAAGAAAAAAUUUUGAUAUAACUAUUUGCUGGAGAUGCCCCCUUUACAAUCCUGGCCCUGCUCCUUCAAAUUUGUCCGUCUUUUUUGUCUACCUUAGUCGAAGUGAACGAGGAUAUGGUAUGAAAGAAUAGCUCCAAUUAUUACCAAAUAAGUUGUUUCAUUCUAAGCUGGCCUUGCACAAAAGUGAAUCAAAGCGUCGGCAUCGUAGGGAUGGGAUAUUUAUUAUUGAAGUGAUUCCAAUUAAUCACAAAAGGAUAAGAGAUUUUCUGGCAUUACUGUGCUCGCCUUCUGAGAUGCUGACAUUGACAUUAGGCUUCUGAAAAUGAAGUGGGUUCAAGGGAAAGGUAACAUGGGAAUUAUACAUGUGUUUUUUGUAGUAUUUUGCUGGAUCUGCAUUAAUUAUUUUACAAGAUUUGUGGUUGUAUCUUUUCUUGAGAUUGUUCGUCUCUUGCCAUAAUUGUCUAUUUAUGAGAAAAUAAAUGAUAAAGGCUCCAUUUUUUUA